AUGGCGGAUGCGUUGAAAGAGCUGCUCGACGAGCAAGGAGUGUUUACCCGGAAGCUGAAUGUCGAACAUGCUACUCAUUCUGCUCACAUGGAGCAGUUCUCGGAGGAGUACAAAGGGCUCGUAGGUAGCUUGCUAUCAAAGCAUCUCUUGCGCUUUGAGCAUCCCGUGCAUAUGUUUUCCACUCUCACGGGUCGCUUGCUGGAUGAUUCUUCUGUGCCUGAAAUGGCUUCCCAUUGGUGCGACAGCAUGAUGCGCCCUGUAAAGUUCACAGAGGCUGUUCUUCGAUGUGCUGUGGUGCAACGCCGGGAGAUAUCUCCUCGGCUCAGGGUAGUCGGGUGGACGUUAUUCUUGAAGUCGGCCCGCACCCAGCAAUGCAAAGUGCAGUGA